AGUUACAGCUAACAUUUACAGUAAGUAGCGCUGCGUUCUCGUUUAGUGUCAGGAUACAGAUCUCUUCUUUGUAGGUACACCAGUCAAAGCAGUAGGCCAGUAGAAAGUGUUAAACGAAGCGUGUCGUCAGAUUUAGAUCUAAGCCAUGGCAAGCAGACAACGCCAGCACGUCGAUUACGAAGGCAGACAUGGAAUCUCCCUGAGUACUCGAAAUAUUGGAACCGAUUACGACAUUGAACUGGACAGCGAAGGUACGGAAAUUUCCCAGAAAGAGAUCGAUUCUCCCAGAGAGCGAUACUCGGACCACGAGGAAGCUAACGGCGAUUACGACGAUGAGGACGAAGACGAUUCCAAGACUGGAGAUGAUGAUGACUUGGUACAGGAUCUUCGCUACAAGGAAAUGUUAGAUCAGUCAUCGGCUGAGCUGAGAGCCACUAUUGAAGAUUUAGAGAAACACUAUGACACAAUUGAUAAUGAAGGCAAUGAAUGGAAGACUAGAUUUGAGACCCAGACAGAAAUGAAUCAACAAUUAGAGAAACAGAUUCUUAUGUUACAGGAGAAAGUAGAAGAGGCUAAAAGAAACUUGAAAGAAGCUGGCAAAUCUCCAAGGGAUAAUAGAGCCUUUGAUGACCUUGCAGAUGCUAGCCCCCACAUGGUGAAGACUUUAGAAAGAGAAAGAAACAGUUUAUUCAAUCAACUGAGAGACUUGGAAUGGAGAUUAGAUCAAGAGUCAAAGGCCUACCACAAAGCAAAUGAUGAGAGGAAACAGUAUGUCCUGGAAAUCAAUGCGACUAAAAGUACUAUUGGAGAUCUGCGCAGCAAACAGAGACAGCUUAUGUUGGCAUCACAGGAGGGACCUCCAAAGAUUACUCCAAGAGUUGGCGACAACAAUCCAAAAACCUACAGAGAUGGAGGAGGAAACAUACCAGAAGAUCAGCGUAUCAUUGAUGCAAGGUAUGGACCUAUUAGAAAAACUGCUGCUGUCAAAGUCCUGCCAAGUUUAGAUUCCAACUAAAAAAAAAACAACAACCCAGAAA